CCACAGCGGGGCCCGGCUCAGCCCCGUGCCCGCGAUGCUGCGGGACCUCUCCGCGCUCAAAGCCGCCGUCAUCGGGGCCUGCGCGCUCACGGCCGCGCUCAUCGCCUGCCUCCUGCUCCGCGUCUUCAGGUCUGGCAAGAGGAUUAAGAAGACCAGGAAGUACGACAUAAUCACCACUCCAGCUGAGAGGGUAGAAAUGGCUCCUCUGAAUGAAGAAGAUGACGAGGACGAAGACUCAACAGUGUUUGAUGUGAAAUACAGGCUCACCCCGAGGAGGUUUUCCUACCUGGUUAUUAAAAGUGAAGGUCCUGAUCCAGGAGCUGCAGCCAAGGAGGAGACAAAAGACAGAGAAGCAUCCCAAAAUGGAAGGAGUCUUUGAUGGGUGUUUACCAUGUCCUGCUGCCUCUACCCUGGGAUGUGAUGAACCUGCUGGGAUGGAAGGAUGACCUUUAACUCAUCUGCUGUUGCUACCUGACUUGGAUCACCUCAGAAGAAAGGUUGCCAUGGUGAUUUCAUAUUCAGCUCAGC